AUGCCCGGCCUGUACUGCCCCUCCCGCUGGACGCCGCUGCCCCUCACCGACUCCUGGGUCCGGGCCUGCGCCAACGGCCCCUGCCUGAGCCUGCGGGCCCGGCUCACCUACCGCAACCCGCAGCCGCAGCCGGUGGACGGCGUGUUCGUGUACCCGCUGGCCGAGGCCGAGGUGGUGUCGAGCUUUGAGGCGGAGGCGGCCGGACGGCGCGUCUCCUUCCAGCUGCAGAGCCGGCGUCGCUCGCAGGCGGCUUGCUGCCGCGCGCUGGGGCCCGCGCUGGGGGCCUCGACGCCCCGCCGCUGCGCGCAGGGUCAUCUUGUCUUGGAUCUGGCCCAGGCCCGGUCCACACUGGUGCUGCCCACCGGCCUCAUCACCCCGGCCGGCACCAUGACAGUGACCCUGUGCAGCAGCCGGGAACUGCCCUCAAGGCCUGAUGGGGUGCUGCAUGUGGCUCUGCCCUCCGUGCUCACCCCACUGGCCCCGCCAGGUCCGCCGGGCCCCCCCAGACCUCCGGGGCUCUGUGACGACAGUGGCCAAAUGACCCUCCUCGUGCUCCCUUCCAGCCCUACCAGCUGCUUUGGGGUGGGCAGCCCUCAGGAGGAAGGUCUGGCCUGGGAAGAGCCAGCUGCCCCUCCGGACGUGUUCUUAGGCCCUGCCCGCUGCCCUGCCCCAUAUACCUUCUCCUUCGAGAUGCUGGUGACUGGGCCAUGCCUGCUGGCAGGCCUAGAGAGCCCCUCUCAUAUUCUACGGGCAGAUGCCCCACCUCACGCCAGCUCUGCAGCCACCAUCUGUGUCACACUGGCAGAAGGCCACCGCUGUGACCGGGCCUUGGAGAUCCUGCUGCACCCCAGCGAGCCCCACCAGCCGCACCUGAUGCUGGAGGCCGGCAGCCUGAGUUCAGCAGAAUACGAGGCCCGAGUGAGGGCCCGCCGGGAUUUCCAGAGGCUACAGCGAAGACACAGUGAUGGGGACCGGCAGGUGUGGUUCCUGCAGCGACGCUUCCACAAGGAUAUCCUGCUGAACCCCGUGCUGAUGCUGAGCUUCUGCCCAGACCUGAGCUCCAAGCCCGGACACCUGGGCACGGCUACACGGGAGCUCCUCUUCCUGCUGGAUGGCAGCACUGUAGCACACAAGGAUGCCCUUGUCUUGGCCGUGAAGUCACUCCCAUCCCAGACUCUCAUCAACCUGACCACGUUUGGCACGGCAGUGCGGCCCCUCUUCCCCGAGAGCAGGCUUUGCAGUGAUGACACUGUGAAGCUGAUCUGUGAGAGUGUUGAGACCCUGCCGGCUGCGGGCGGUCCCCCAGAUGUGCUGGCUGCGCUGGACUGGGCCAUGAGGCAGCCCCAGCACAGGGCCCACCCUCGGCAGCUGUUCCUGCUCACUGCUGCCUCGCCCGUGGCCGCCACUACCCAACAAACCCUGGAGCUCAUGAGGUGGCACAGGGGGGCAGCCAGGUGCUUCUCCUUUGGGCUAGGGCCUGCCUGCCACCAGCUGCUCCAGGGUCUGUCUGCCCUCAGCAGGGGCCAGGCCUACUUCCUGAGGCCUGGGGAGAGGCUGCAGCCCAUGCUGGUGCAGGCUCUGCGCAAGGCACUGGAGCCCGCUUUGAGCGACAUCUCUGUGGACUGGUUUGUGCCAGACUCGGUGGAGGCACUGCUGACCCCCCGGGAGAUCCCAGCACUCUACCCUGGGGACCAGCUGCUCGGUUACUGCUCACUCUUCAGGGUGGAUGGCUUCCGGCCUCACCCCCCUGGGGGCCAAGAGCCUGGCUGGCAGAGCUUGGGCGGCUCCAUGUUCCCAUCCCCAGAGGAGGUGCCUUCUGCCACCAGCGCUGGCACUGAGCCCACUGGCACCUCAGAGCCUCUGGGAACAGGCACUGUGCCAGGAGAGCUGUCCAGUCCAUGGGCUGCUGGGGACUCGGAGCAGAGUACCGAUGCUCUGACAGACCCAGUCACGGACCCUGGACCGAACCCCUCUUCUGACACAGCCAUAUGGCGUCGCAUCUUCCAGUCCUCAUACAUCCGGGAGCAGUAUGUGCUCACCCACUGCUCUGCCAGCCCUGAGCCAGGCCCGGGCUCCGCAGGCAGCAGUGAGUCCCCUGGCUCCCAGGGCCCUGGCUCCCCCGAGGGCAGUGUUCCCCUGGACCCCCCGUCUCAGCAGGGCUGCCGCAGCCUGGCCUGGGGAGAACCUGCAGGUUCCCGCUCCUGCCCCCUGCCUCCACCCCCACUGGCACCAGUCAAGACUGGGGCCUUGAGUGCUGAGGUGCUGAACCGUCGACGCAGAGCGGCUCUGACUGGCCGAAGCCUCUCAUCACCCCCCGGCCAGGUGAACCCAGUCCCUGGCCGUCCCCGGCACCCCUCUCUGGGUGCAGCACCGGAUGGGCCAGGCCCUGAGUCGGGGCAGCAGCUGGGACAAGGCCUGGAUGACUCAGGAAACCUGCUCUCCCCAGCGCCCAUGGACUGGGACAUGUUGAUGGAACCACCCUUCUUGUUCACGGCUGUGCCCCCUGACGGGGAAUCUGCACCCCCAGCAGUGCCACUGCCUCCGCAGGCUCCACGCUGCCACGUGGUGAUCCGGGCCCUGUGUGGGGAGCAGCCUGUGUGCUGGGAGGUGGGUGUUGGGCUAGAGACACUCUGGGGGCCUGGAGAUGAUGGCUUACUGCCUCCAUCACCUCACGAAAGAGAAGGUGCUUGGGACCAAGCACUCCAUCGGCUGACAGCAGCUUCUGUGGUCCGGGACAAUGAGCAGCUGGCUCUCCGAGGGGCUGAGACCAUGGCUGACUGGGGCCAUGCCCGGAGGUCCUGGCUCCGAGCCCUUCAGACAAGCAAGGUCAGCUCUGCCCCCUCCUGCUUCACCUGCCCCGUAGCUGUGGACGCUACUACCAGGGAAGUCCUGCCCUCGGUCCUGCAGGUGCGGAGCUCAGAGCCAGUAGAGCCCCCAGGCACCCCUCCUGCCUCUCAGGGCCACCUAGAUGCAGCUCUGCCCACAGUUGUCCAUUGUAAAGGCCUUCAGGGAGGCUCUCUGGCAAGUGGCUCAGAUCCAGACCAAAAUGACAGCUCCAAGUCUGCUUUGGAGGAUUCUGCAGCCCCUACCCGAGGUCCUCAUACCAUGUCCCCUCGGCCUCCUUUGAAGCUCAGCCUGGGCCAUCGGAAGCCCAGAGGCCCAGACAGCCGUAGACUCUGCAGCCCCAACACAGGCCAGGCCAGUGACGGCAACAGUGAAGGCAGCAACCAUGACUACUUGCCCUUGGUGAGACUGCAGGAGGCACCUGGCUCCUUCCGCUUGGAUGCGCCCUUCUGCACUGCGGUGCACAUCCCCCAGGAGCGCCUGUGCCGUGCCUCCCCCUUCGCUGUGCACCGUGCCAGCCUUAGCCCCACCUCAGCUUCAUCUCCCUGGGCACUUCUUGGCCCUGGUGUCAGCCAGGGAGACAGUGCCACGGCCUCCUGCAGCCCGUCCCCCAGUUCAGGCUCCGAGGGUCCAGGCCAGGUGGACAGUGGGCAGGGUUCAGACACUGAGGCCUCAGAGGGGGCAGAAGGGCCAAGUGGUGCCGACCUGCGGGGCCGGACCUGGGCCACAGCAGUGGCACUUGCAUGGCUGGAGCACCGCUGUGCCGCUGCCUUCGGCGAGUGGGAGCUGGCAGCAGCGAAGGCGGACUGUUGGCUGCGGGCACAGCACUUGCCCGAUGGCCUUGACUUGGCCGCGCUCAAGGCUGCAGCCCGGGGUCUUUUCCUGCUGCUGCGUCACUGGGACCAGAACCUGCAGCUACACCUGCUGUGUUACAGCCCGGCGAACGUGUGA